UCUGCAUUUCCCAGCCUCUCCCAUCAAGCCCCGUCGCCACCCAGAGGAGCCCCCAGAGAUGGAGGAAAGGGGGGGAGGGGGACAGCAACCGGUGGUCCUCAACUUACAGUCACAACUGGAGCCAAUAUUUCCCUUUACAACUUUUAUUAUCAUGUUCAGUGAAUCACAUGGUUGUUAAGACAAUCACACUCCCCCCCCCUGAUUUUGUGGCUUGAAAGCUAAUUAGGAAGGUCACAAGAGGUGGUCACAUGACAAACACAGACACACCCCGCACAGCAACCAUCCUAAAUUCAUGCCAGUUGCUAAGCAUCUGAGCUUUGAUCUUGUGACCAUGGGGAUGCUGCAACAGUCAUAAGCGUGAGGACCAGUCCAUUCCUUUCACCGCUGUUUUAACUUUGAACAGUUGGUAAACAAACAGUUGUAAGUCGGGGAAAAUCUACAACCCAAGGCAUUCCGUUCCUUUGGAAGGAUGCCAUUUCUUCCCCUCUCUUGCUCACUCCGUAACCCAUCAUUUGCAAGAGGAUGUAAAUGGGCAGGCUCUGCCCCUCUUCCCUUGGGGGCAUCAUUCUGCCCCCUUGACGUCCCUCAGCAGGAAGGUGAGGUGGUUGCAUGUGAGUUGUGACUCUGCCUGGUGCCCGGACUUGGUGGCACCUGAGGGGGGGGAUGGCUUGGGAUUGUGUGAGUAACUGUGCAGGUGGUUGGCUGACUGGGUUUCCGUUGCACAGAGUCAGCUGCGCUCCGGCUCCUGUGCCAGCCUGCCAAGGUCCCCUGGCGAUUCCUUUGAGCUCCGUGGUGGAGAGGGGAUGAUCUGUUCCCAGGCUGCAUCCCUCUGACUGCCGGGCACCCCACAGCAUCGAAGGAGCACAGCUUUUGCAGGAUCAGGGAAUCGGGUCCUUUCAGGCCUCCGGGGGCAGAUUCUCUUCAGAAGACAGGAGGACUCAGGAGAAGCACCCCCUCCGGAGGAAAGAUGGUGAAGGAAACAGGCUACUACGACCUGCUGGGCGUCAAGCCCUGUGCCACCAUGGACGAGAUCAAGAGGGCGUACCGCCGCCUGGCACUCAGAUACCAUCCGGACAAGAACCCCAGCGAGGGGGAGCGGUUCAAGCAGAUCUCGCAGGCGUACGAGGUCCUCUCCGACCCCAGCAAAAGGUCCGUCUAUGACCGAGGCGGGGAGCGGGCCAUGAAGGAGGGCGGCACGGUCAGCCGGGGCGGCUUUGGGCCCCCAAUGGACAUCUUUGACCUGUUCUUUGGAGGAGGGGGCCGCACGCAGGGCCCCCGGGUGGAGAGGAGAGGCAAAACGGCCGUCCACCUGCUGACGGUCACCCUGGAGGACCUGUACAACGGGGGCACCCGGAAGCUUUCCCUGCAGAAGAACGUCAUCUGCAGGAGCUGUGGGGGCCGUGGUGGCAGGGAGGGCCUCGACGUCCGGUGUCCCAAGUGCCACGGGUCCGGCAUGGAGGUCAUCGUCCACCAGCUGGGGCCCAACAUGGUGCACCACAUCCAGGCCAUGUGCUCGCAGUGCCAGGGCCAAGGAGAAUGGCUGCGGCCCCUUGACCGCUGCCUGGCCUGCAACGGCCGGAAGGUGGUCCGGGAGAAGAAGGUUCUCAACGUGCAUUUGGACAAAGGCAUGGCCGACCGGCAGAAGAUCACCUUCCACCAGGAGGGGGACCAAGCGCCCGGAUUCGAGCCCGGAGACAUUGUGAUCGUGCUGGACCAGAAGCCGCACCCGGUCUUCCAGCGCAGGGGCAACGACCUCCUCGUCCGGCGGGAGGUGCCGCUGGUGGACGCCUUGUGCGGCUGCAAGCAGGUCAUCCAGACUCUGGACAACCGGAGGCUUCUGGUCUCUUCACGGCCCGGCUGCGUGAUCAAGCCUGGAGACGUGCGGUGCAUCCCGAACGAGGGGAUGCCCAUCUACCGCAGCCCUGGCCAGAAAGGGAGGCUGGUCAUCCACUUCGAGGUGAAAUUCCCGGAGCCCGGCUGGCUGCCCCCCCACCAGCUGCGCCAGUUCCAGUCCUUCUUCCCCCGCCACGAAGAGGUGAUGGCCACGGAGGACAUGGAGGAGGUGGAGCUGCGGGAGUAUUUCCCCCAGCCGGACUUCUCCAGCCGUCGCUUCCAGAGCGAGAUCUACCACGAAGAUGAAUUUGAGGACCCUCUGCGCCACAACGUCCAGUGCCAGACCUCGUAGCCCGGCGGACGGAGCCCCCCUCCCCCCCGUGUGGCCUCGCAGGGCGGGUGCCUUAAGAAGCACAACUGCCGGUAGCCGUCCAGCCAGAGCGGUCAAGGGCCGGGCAGUCCCUCCGCUUCAGAAAGACCCUCCUUUGGCCAAAGGCCCCCAACCCUCUGGAGGUUGGCCGCAUCUGGGAGUCCCCUUCUAGCUUAGGGAGUCUUAGCUCCCCCGACCCCCCCCCCAAGCAUUCCAGCCUAGAAAUCAACUUGAGAGCCUCGGCUGCCUUUUGUGCCCGACUGCUCUGGGCCUGCCCUGAUUCGGACGAUAAUGCUGGUUUCUUUCUAGGAGAGCCCCAUCUCCAAAGAGAAAAUGUCCAGGCCCCCAUCUGCUGCAAGCCAGCUUCCUUUGCAUCCAGGGUUAGUCCUCCUGACCCUGGCUUUGCCAUCUUCUGCGGGCAAGGAGUCCCGGAGGCCGUGGGAACGCGUCCGUCUCCCAGCCUCGGCCAUCUCAAAGUCUAGCCAGGAUGGGGAUCUUGCAGGCAAGCCAGAAGGCAGCUGAUGGGCGGGGAGCUGGACCUCGACAAAUCCUGGCACCCCGGCAAGGGAAGCCUCUCUUCAGCUGCCGGUCUGCCGCUGGGGAAGGGGGUUUCAGGGAGAUUCCCCUCUGCUUUUAAGUGCCUUGUCGGGACCAUCCUGGAUGCUGCCCCCUCCUCUCUUUACAAGUGCAUUCGCAAUAAUAGCGGGUCUUUUUGGGUAGCAUAGUCAGUGUUAGGGGUUAGCGGUGUGGGGACGCUCUCGGCCUCCUCGGUGGUCCUGCUUGCCCCGAGCCCCCCCUCUGGCAUGUGGGGCCAGGCGAGACGAGAACUGCCUGUCCAAACUCGGCAAAGCUUGGUAUCUGCUGAGGAACGUUUGCGGUUCAUUCCCCACUUUUUGCUUUUCCUCUCUUUAUUUUUUUGCUUCUGCUCUGCCUCCUGUCUGCAAACUGACUGGAGAAACGCGAAGACUUUUGAGCCCCUGUGGGAAUGGCUCUCCAGGGUCUGCAGAACUUCACUUGAAUUUUGCUUCAAGGAAAAAAGGUGAUUCUCCAGAUCAC